CGCAUAUACUCUCUCCAUAUAUUUAUUGUUUCUGAAAUUCUCCCCAAAUAUUUUUUUUUCGUUUCAAUUUGAUUGAAUUGCAUCUCUCUGUUUUCUCCUCCUCCUUUCUGAUUCUGGGUUUAAUUUAGUUUUCUUUUCUUACCCCAAAAAUAACCAUAAAAAUUGAAUCAUGUCGAAGAAGAGAAAAUCCGAAGCUACGCGGCUGGACGAGAUGGAUCGGAGCAUGUACAACACCUUCUGUAGCGCUGCUAACUCGCUUUCGCAGCUUUAUUCUCAGGCCAUGAACCACCAGCGUAUCUCUUUCCAGGCCGGCGAACGUCACGCCCUGGAAAAACUUUUUCAAUGGAUUUUGAGGCAGCAAGAAGAAGGGGCAAGGGUGACGACAACUGAUAUAGUAGCUCAUUUGCAGAAUGAACUUGAGUAUGGAGCAGAAGAGUCUCCAAUGUCCCCCAGGCCAUCAUUUCACCAGAACCCUCAAACUGUGACACACAUGAAUGCUUCUAGCGCUCCUCUUUUAUCUACCCCAAUUUCAGCAUCAACAAUUGGACAGGGAGCUCGUUCCGGGGAUUAUAUAGGAAAGAACCUGGAAAUCUCAAAUGCAAUCCCGAACCCGAUUCGAGGGAGACUUCAGCACUACCAGUCAGUCCACCAGGUUGGUUACCAUUCAAAUAAUGUCGUAUCUUCUUCUUCUGCCGAUAGACCUCAAAACCAUGAAACCAAUUGUAGUCACCAACAGAAUGGGGAAGCCAAUUCCUCCAUCUUCAGUGAUUACAUGGAUAUGAAUAACCCAUUCUGAAUUUCCCCCUCUGCGUUUUUGUUCAACCCUGGUUUAGAUUUAUUUGUUGUAAGGUCUAGGCAUCUAGCAAAUUCUAAAUUCGCUGCAAAUGUAUUGAAGUUAAAUGCUUAUGUAUCAUUGUAUUUUACAUUUAUUCAAGGUAGAUAUGGCAAUUUGUUUACAUGUAUCAUAUAAUGAAGCGGCCUCAGUGGUAUCAUAUGAUGAAUGAUUUCAAUAAUAAAGAGGAAUGUUAUUCUCCUUUGAAAA